AUGGCAGCGAGUCAGAACGCAGGUGGUGUUGCAGGCUUGACGGCGAGAUGGGCUGACCUAGUUUUGGAGGAGGAGGAGGCGGCUUUUAUGCCGACGGGCGACGCGGAGGACGGCAGUGGUGGUUCCGACGCCGUGGAGGAGGUCUGGACGGUGGUUGGGCGGUUCCUAACACGGAAGCUGGGUAAACUGGAAUUUAUGAGCCAGGUCAUGGCGUCUGUAUGGCAACCGGUUCCGGAUGGGAUAUCACCGUGUGAUGUUGAACUUGAUUCGGUAGAUUUAUGGAUACAGCUGCAUGGGUUGCCAAAGGGUAAUGGUGUGAAGGGUGGUAUAGCUUUGUUGUGGCAGAGGAAUAAUACAGCUAGUCUACUCAGCUAUUCAGAUAACCAUGUGGAUAUUGAGCACGAGAAACGAGGGGGAAAUCCACACCCAGAUAGCCUCUUACGCGGUUUUGGGGUAGCUAUUGAGAAGUAUGGCCUAUCCCAGAUGGCCAUGCAGGGGUAUCCGCUUACAUGGGAAAGGGGAAAAGGAACAGCUGACUGGAUAGAGGAACGAUUGGAUAAAGUAUUGGUCUCGGAUGAGUGGCGCGAGAUUGUUGCAGGAGCGAGAGUAUCUAAUUUAUUAACUCGCAGGUCUGAUCAUUCAGCUAUCUUUCUAAGCACCCAUGACUCCGUAGGGAGGGGUGGGGCUAGUAAGAGGGGCUUCCGUUUUGAGAAUGCAUGGUUGUAUGAUGAGGGAUGCCGGGGUGUUGUGGAAAAAGCAUGCGAAGAAGGAAAGGACCGUGGGCUGCAGAAUUGCAUAGAGUUCCGUGGAUCUCUGCUAUCUCGGUGGGGUGGAGACAGGUUUCAUAAGUUCAGGGAACAAAUUAUGAAUUUACGAAAGGAGCAGCUGCGCCUGAGAGGAAAAACGGACCCCGUCUCGUUAACUGAGUUCCGGCGUUUGGAGGAACGUUUAUGCCGUACUAAGACACAGGAGGAUGCCUUCUGGAGACAACGAGCCAAGCAACACUGGCUCAAGGGGAAGCCUAUGAGGGGGAUUAUUUUGCAGUACUUUCAAAAUAUUUUUGCCUCGGGAAACUCGGAGAAUGGGGAAAAUUUCUUUAACAACAUUACACCGCGUGUCACUCCAGCACAGAAUGAAUCUCUAAUUCGGCAUUUCACUAUGGAUGAGGUAAAAGUUGCUCUUUUUUCUAUGUAUCCUGAUAAGGCACCAGGCCCGGAUGGAAUGAAUCCGGGUUUCUAUCAACAUUUUUGGGAUGUCGUAGGGGGGGAUGUUUCAUCUUUUAUAGUCAAUUGUUUGGAAAAUUGCUGCUUCCCGGAUACUCUAAAUGAAACAGAUGUGGUGUUGAUCCCGAAGAAACAAACCCCGAAAAGAGUAUCUGAUCUCAGGCCAAUUGCGUUAAGCAAUGUGAUAUAUAGUGUAAUGGCCAAGGUUAUGACUAAUAGGAUGAAACCCUUGAUGGAUGAGAUUAUAUCGGAUUCCCAGAGUGCGUUUAUACCCGAUAGGCUUAUAACUGAUAAUAUAUUGAUAGCAUCGGAGGUUGGGCAUUAUUUGCACAGAAAACAAUGUGGUACUGUUGGCUGGGCUGCCUUAAAAUUGGAUAUGGCAAAGUCAUAUGACCUUACGCCUACUCGUGGUAUAAGACAGGGAGACCCAUUUUCUCCAUAUCUGUUUAUUAUCUGUGCAGAGGGGCUCUCUGCCAAUUUGCAGGAAGCGGGGGUGAUAAAAGAAUGCCUAACUGCAUAUGAGAAUUUAUCGGGACAAGCAGUAAACUAUCAUAAAUCUAGUAUUUGCUAUAGCAAAAGUACUACUGAGGAGAAUAGGGACAUGGUGGCGCAGGCGCUAGGGGUGGUGCAGGCCCCGAAUUUUGGUAAGUACCUUGGACUCCCGUCUUUUAUUGGUAGAAAUCGAAAGGCAGCCUUCUCUUAUAUUGAGGAGAAGAUCAAACAGAGAGUUGGAUCAUGGAAUAAGAAACUUCUCUCCCAGGCUGAACUCAGAGCAUUUAAUUUAGCAAUGUUGGGGAAGCAGGCAUGUCGAUUACUAACAAAGCCAGAAUCCCUAGUGGCACGUGUCUAUAAGGCCAGAUAUUAUCCGAAAGAUACUUUCUCAGAGGCAUAUCUUGGGAAUAAUCCAAGUUUUUGUUGGCGAAGUAUUAUGGCAGCAAAGAGCAUGGUUUGUAGUGGUGUGUGGCGGAGGAUAGGGAAUGGGCAGGAUACAAGAAUAUGGGAUCACCCCUGGCUGCAGGAUGAGCAGGAACCAAUGAUCCAAACAGAAAUGCCACCACAACUGGCUAAUGCACGAGUGGCUGGUUUAAUUGAUCAGGAUACUGGGACAUGGGAUGCUUCGAUUUUAUCUGAUAUUUUUGUGCCAGAGGAUCUAUCCAGAAUAAUGAAAAUUCCUGUAUCACCAGAAUAUGAAGACACAUGGUAUUGGCAUGAUGAUCCAAGAGGAAUAUAUUCUGUGAAGAGUGGAUAUAGAUGUAUUGUUGGAUGA